AUGUCGUUUCAAUUGCCAAACUCUGAUGUGCUAGCACGACUUAAACCAUUUGGGAUUCUGUUUGAGAAGUCGCUUAAUGAUCUUAUCAAGGGAAUACGCUUGCAUUCUAAGGAAUCGCCCGAGAGCUUGGCUAAAUUUCUAGAUGUUGCUAUACAAGAAUGUAAGACGGAGCUACAUACGACCGACUUGGAGACAAAGGCAAUGGCGAUAUUGAAAUUGACAUAUUUGGAAAUGUACGGCUUUGACAUGUCCUGGUGCAAUUUCCAGAUUUUGGAAGUAAUGUCCUCAUCCAAAUUUCAGCAAAAACGCAUUGGUUAUUUAGCAGCGACACAAAGCUUCAAAAACGAACAAGAUUUGCUAAUACUAGCGACAAACCAGUUCAAGAAGGACUUGAAUUCGGCAAAUCAUGUCGAAGUUGGACUUGCAUUGAGCGGGAUAGCUACUAUUGUCACUUGCAAUUUGGCUAGAGAUAUAAAUGACGAUGUUUUGAUGAAAUUGAACCAUUCAAAGCCCUACAUUCGUAAAAAGACAAUCUUGGCAAUGUACAAGAUCUUUUUGCAGUAUCCCGAAAGUUUGAAAAUGAAUUUCCAUCGAGUUAUAGAAAAAUUGGACGAUUCGGAUAUAUCUGUUGUUAGUGCCACCGUUAGCGUUAUUUGCGAGAUCUCCAAAAGCAACCCCAAGAUCUUUCUCAAUUACUUGCCAAAGCUCUUUUCCAUAUUAGAAGAAACAAAAAAUAACUGGUUGAUCAUUAGAAUACUCAAAUUGUUCAAAAGUUUAUCCAAAAUCGAACCCCGAAUGAAAAAGAAAAUUUUGCCAACGAUAAUGGAACUCAUGUUGAGAACACAAGCAUCGUCCUUGAUCUAUGAAUGUAUCAAUUGUAUAGUAAAUGGGCAGAUGUUAUCCACAGAGUCAUACAAGGACAAAGAGACUGCAAAGAUUUGCAUCGACCAAUUGAUGAAUUUUUUCAAGACUAAGGAUUCCAACUUGAAAUUUGUCGGGUUGAUUGCAUUGAUCAAUAUUUUAAAAAUCUUUCCUGUGUUUAUGCACACUGUGGAGGGAGUCUCUGAUGUUGUUAUGGACUGUUUGAACGACUCAGACAUUAUCAUCAAAAAAAAAGCAUUAGAGGUAUCGCAUUAUCUAGUUAAUGAGGACAAUAUCGUUGAAGUUGUUAAGGUUAUGAUUUUGCAGUUGGUUCCAGUGGGAACGGUUGUAGAUGAUACUUUGAAGUUGGACGUUACCUUGAAGAUUUUGGAAAUAGCGUCUGUUGGUAACUACGAGAAUAUUCCCAAUUUCAAGUGGUAUAUUGCAGUUUUGAAAGAUAUUUUGAAUUUGACACUUUUGCCAAAUUCAAAUUCAAGCUCAAGCUCAAGCUCAAGCUCAAGUUUGAAUUCAGUAUCUCCCGCUAUUGCCAAUAGGAUAGCAAAUGUGUUGGGAAAGGAGUUUGUUAUAUUAGCUACAAAGGUCCCCUCUGUUAGAGCAUAUUUGUUGCAAAAUGUUAUUGUUGAAAUAGUAUUGGAUGUAAACAUAUUGGAAGUUUCACCUGUAAUUCUCAAGUAUGUCUACUGGAUCUUGGGGGAAUACAUAGGAGAGUUGAAAAGCGGCGUCAGUAAUUAUGACGAAGUUGAGAUUGAGGACGAAGACUUGGUGGUAGGCAUGGGUAAAAAGCUACAAAUAUUCAACUCUUUGAUCAACCAUGAUCUUGCUCAGAAAUUGAAUUUGUCAACGACAACGACAAUGACAACUUCAGCAACUUCAGCAACAUCAGCAACAUCAGCAGCUUCAACAUCAACGAGAAAUGGAAAUUUGAUCAUUUCAACUAAGUUGUUAUCGUUACAAGAUCCAGGAGUACUUUCAGUUUUGAUUCAAGCAUUGGUUAAGAUAUACAAUGGAAUCGCUGCUGAUUAUACUAGGGUAUAUUCCAACGAGGGUGAAUUUUCGCGGGAAAAAUUUGACGAGUUGAGCUAUCACUUGUAUCGACUAAUUGGGUUUUUGAAAAACUGGGAGAACCAUCUGAACUAUGAAGUUCAAGAGCGAGCAUUAUCAUGGCUAGAAUUUUUGAAAUUAUGCCAAGAGGCAAUGACAGGAGAUGAUUUGAAGGGAAUCAAAGCUCUUUUAGCAAGAGACUUGGAAUUUUAUAGAAACAAGGAGAAGCAAUCUCAAAGAGAAGAGGAAGAUGAAGAAGAUGAAGAAGAUGAUGAUGAUGAUGAUGAACUGGAUUCAUAUUCGGAUUCAGGUUUGGACUCUAGUGAUGGUGAGUACGAGAAUUUGGUUUGUUCAGGAGAUGAUAAAGAUUUGAAAAAAACUAUACCAGAGUCUUUUGAAGCAAACCCCUUUAAAGAUCUCAACGACAAAGAAUCUACGGAGAAUGGUGUAUCAAAUUUACUAUUAAAGUCUUACAAACUACCGAUGUUAGUCAGUCAUGUUUUGCCUUCUUUCUUCAAGGCAUACCCAUUAAAUCCGGUAUCCAAAAAUGCGCAAAGCAAUAUUGUUGUACCAGAAGACCUUGACUUAGAUUUGGUAAUCCACCCUUUGAUGACAAACUGCGAACAGGAAGUCAUUAAUAUCGAUCAAUCGUAUAAUUUAUACUUGUCGGAAACUGAUGAAGAAAGUGAUAUGUCCUUGAUUCAAUUGUCGAGCGAAGGGAUGACCGAAGAGAUGCAAGCUGAGAAAGCAGAGCGAGUAGUGCGUUUAAAAGAGGAUCCGUUUUAUCUUAGUAUUGAUGAAAAAAAGCCCAAGAGGAAAACAACAAAGAAAAAAACACCAGAAUCCGAUGACAAUAUUGUUUCCGAAAGUCUGAAUAGUGGUUUAUUGUCUUUAUCACAAAAAGACUAUAGUUUUCUGAAUAAAAAGAAAUCACUGAAAGUGAAAAAGGAAAAAGUAAUUAUUCUUGGUGACGAAACAGUUGAAGGCAGUGAUAACAAUAACAAUAGUAAUAACAAUAAUAAGAAGAAGAAGAAGAAGAUAGACAAUAACCUAAUAGAUAUUGAUACUCCUCGACAGAGAAAACCAAAAGCAAAGAAUAAUAUAUUACGUAUUGAUUCAUCGAACUUGGCCAAUCUUGACUUUGAUUCAAAUUUCAUUCCCGAAGCAUCAAGUAAUGGGGAUGAAUAUGAUAUCGAUUUAGACGUUCUAAGAGAGAAAUUAGCAGCUACUUCAAUCGCAAAACCCGAAAAGAUCAAAGAACGUAAAAAGAGCAAGAAGGCUAAACAGGGAGAGUCUAAGGAAAAGAAAGAAAAAGAAACAGAAAAAGAACCUGGUAAUGAUUCAGUUUCGACUUCAGUUCCCAUCACCAAUGAUACAGAGGCUCCGAUUAUUGCAGUAAAAUCCAAGAAAAAGAAGGCAAAAAAGAAAGCCGUAAUCAUUGACUAG